AUGUCUGUCGCAUUAUCUGAGUUAUAUGCUCUAGACAGUCUAGCAGUUGGAGACAUCCCUACCAUCAAGAUAAAUUGUGACACAUUUUUGAGAACGCUACAAGAUGUUAGUUUUCCUGACAAAGCUGGUGGGUUCACCUUUUCUGACUCAGCAGUUGCUUCGAAGAGUCGUUUUAUUUUAUGGCGUUCACAUGAAGACAUGCUAGAGUUGCAAGAACUGUCUCUACAUCAUGACCUCCCAAAUAAUGUUAUGAAAAUCUCUUUCGGAGGUUCCGCUAUAGUUGAUUGCCAGAUAGCUGAAACUCCUGAAAACAUUGCGUGCCUUGUGUGCACUUCUCACGGGGCCUCACAGCUGAUGUUCCCUCAUCCACGCGUGAUUGCAACUUCUGUUCAACAGUCCAUUAUCGGUUGCAAAAGAAACGUCCAUCAUACUUUCCAUCAAAUAAAAGGGCUUCAGCCGAUGAACAUCCGUUGUGGAACAGCCUUUAUUCAGAGUCAUUCUGGUGUCUUGGUCUUUGCCUAUGGAUUGUCUACGGGUUCCAUACUCGUUGCAAGGGUGAAUCCACAUAAUUCUUCCGAAGUCACUGAAGUUUUUGAGCUAUGUCAAACUUCAAUGAUUCAGAAGAUAUGGUGCGGUAUUACGCCGUUUUCUAGCAAAAACGACAACGAUUCUUCUUCCUCACCACUAGACAUAAGAUUUUUGAGUCUUGGAUCCGAUGAGUACUUCCUAGCCACUGUUUGCAAAGAUCACCGUUUGAGGAUAUGGGACCUCAAGCAUCGCAGCUGUUUUGUUGCAUUAGAUCUUCUGGAGGUUUUACCCAAGACGUUUGGUCUUGAUUCUACUUAUGAUCCAUCUGCAUCACACUCGAUGUUUGCACCUGGUUUGUGUCACCGUCUAUCUUCCUAUCCCGCAUCUGAUCGUGGUAUCACAUUAGUUGUAUACAUGUCUAUGUGUUUGUCUUCAUCCAACAGCAUUAGUUUCGAUACUACCCCUUCUGAGGAAGUAAAUUCAAGCUACUGGUGUUGGAUGCAUCUGGAUAUCAACAAAGCUCUAAGUCGUAAUCGAGAAAGUUUAAGUGUACUAAGAGUAGAACCACUAUUUCAACCUUCGUGGGGAAAUAACGCAGAGUUAUGGCCACACAAGAGUGGUCUGAACAUGUUGCCUAAAAUAAAAAGACCAGAUGUUAGUGUUUUGGAUUUUAUUCCCUCACAAGUAAUCCAGAGACCAGGCUGUUUAGAUGAUUCGUCUGAAAGCAGAAAAAAGCAUAAAAAAGCUCUCGGCGGGAUAUGGUGGAUAGCACACCAAACAAACGCUGAAGACACUGAGAUGGACAGUAAUUACUUUGUCAGGUGGACAGAAAUUCAAAACCCAGAUUGUGAUACUAAAAAACGUAGGGGAACUAUUUCAGCUUUCCCUCCUGGUGUAAAUCUUCUUGAACCUGUGCCUAGCUGGUAUAAACAUCCUACUUAUUUAACACAAUCCUCAGAUGAUAGCCCAACAGACAAUCUAUGGGAUGAAUCUAGUGUUGAUGUUCAGUUACAUAUAUUUUUGGAUCAACUUUUUCACCCUGGUUGUCUGUCCUGGUUUGCGAUUGCAAAUGCAUUCAAAUCACUUUGUGAAAGUUAUUCACUCUUGGAUUGUGAUUCAGUGUUCACCGUCAGUAAUCUUCAUGAAAUGCGUGUUUUUAUACAUCGAACUUUGUUGGAUAAGCUAAUUCCAAAUCUCGAUCAUGCUGGUUUCAAAACAAUGUUAAAGACAUUUUAUGCUACGGCUAUUGAUUAUCAUGAACAUGGUUUGCAACCUUUAGGAUUAUUACGUUUAGGUACUGCGGAUACUACUACUACUAAUGGUAGUAGUACAUCAGAAAAGAUGUUUCCCAAUGAAGAUGAUACUGUUAUAGUUAUUCGUCGAUGGGGAUUUUCUGUUCUACGUCAUUUACAAGAUGUCGAAAUUCUAUUAUGGAAUAAUGCACCUCCUUUAAUUAAUCGAAUGCAAUCACCUCAUCUUGAUACAAAAGUAAACACACAAAACAUCGUUGAUCUAACUACGGACUGUAGAAAGAUCCUGCAUAUUCUCCAAGCUCAACCUCAAUGGCCUCAUUGGAAAGCUAAUCUUUUUGAUCGUACGAAAUCCAAUUUAAACGUCAGCCCAUUAGUAUUAGUUGAACAAAUAAUUGAAGAACUCGAUCAAAUCAAUGAAUGUUGGCUACCUCCGCCUAUUAUUUCAUCUGUAAAAUUUAAAAGCCCAUUUUGUACUGGCUCUCUGUCCAAUUCACAUCUCACUGCUGUCAUGUAUUUAUUAUCGCUUUUGGAUAAUUGUGAUAUUAUGAAUAAAAGUGUUCAGCCUUUACAAAGCUUAUUCGAUAUGGAUACUAAUUCAACGUAUGAAGAUAUGGAAAUAACUAAUCAAUCGUGGUAUAAUAAUAGUAGAUCUAUGGGAGAGAGAACAGGUUCUUUCAUCCCAACAAAUGGUCAAACAAUUGAUAAAGAAACUAUGAAAUUUACUAAAAAUCUUUCUAAUUCAUGUGUACAGUUUGUACGUUUAUCACUUGCUCAAUCUACUGAAACUCGUAUUUUAUUUUCAUUCGCUUUAUUAAUUUUAAUACGACGUAAUGAGCUUGCUUCAAAUGGUUUAAUAAUGUUACGUAAUAAUAAUAAUGCCGAUGAGGAUGAUGUUGAAGAUGAUGAUUGUUCAACUAAUAAACAACCGAAAGGUAUAGAUAUCAACUGGCAUAGUAAUGCAAAAAAUCGACUUGUCUCAUUGAUUCAAAGUCUUGGAUUUUUACAUAAUUUGACAGUUGUUCGUGUACGGCCUACUCCUGAUAUGGAUAAAUUAUCUAUCAUUAGAGAUCAUCUGAAUAUCCUUGGAAUUCAUGAUAUCCUCUUUCCUAUUGAAAGACUGAAUAUUAGUUCUACUACUGCUCAUUUAUCAGUAUCACCAGUCAAUCAAACACCUGGUAUGACAAUAUUUGAUCAAAUCUGGUUGAACUGGGAUUGGUUGAAAUUAUGUUCUACUUCAAAGACUUAUAUCUCAUCCCCCUCUUUUUCUAGUUGGUCUGAAUUUAGUGAUUAUGUUCUAUCAGAAUUUUCAAGAUUAUUGUCUCCUACAGUAGAUGGUGGACAAGGAAUUGUCUAUGUGCUUUGGUUGUUACUAUGGUGUGGACAUUCGAAUGAAGUGAUCAAGUUGUGUAUGCUUCUGUUACCUCCAACACGAUCAGCUCGAAUGGUUGAAAAUGCUACCAAACAGUUUGUUGGUGAUAUUAAUAAUAAUAAUCAAGAGCACAGAAGUUGGCAACUACUGUUCAGUUCUCCAGAUUUGAUCAAUACCAAUGAGGACGGGGAAUUGUGGCAGUCUCAAAAUUUUGAUAAUGACACUUCAGAUUAUGAUGAUGAUAAUAAUAAUGACGGGAGUAGUGGUAGAAUUUCUUGGUGGUGGGAGAAAGAUUUCAGUUUUGUUCAUUUAUGCAUUGGUUUAGCGAAAUUAUGGUCAGGUGAAUCGGGAUCAGCUAAGAAACAUUUUAUUACUGCUAGUAAUUGGUUGUAUUGUUAUACACAAUUAUUUAUGAAUUAUUUAACAGAAUCAUCAGUUCAUCAUUCUAAUUCAACAAUCAAUCAAAAUGUUCCCAAACUGUUAAUGCCAAUAUUAUUUCCAAAAGAAUUUUCACUAUCGAAAUUAUUUAGUUUAAAUGAAUCAACAGUGAAUGGUGAUGGUAACAGUAGAAAUACCAAUGAACUAUCAAUGUAUUCACUUUCUCCAGUUGAAGUACAAAUUCGAUUCUUAAUGAAGAUAAUGUCUGUUUUCGAAGUGUCUAACUAUGUACCAGAGAUUCUUGAUCUUGCGGAAUUCUGUUUAAAUCGUUUAGCUGAGACACAAAAUUCAAUCAAAUCAGAAAAUUGUUUAAAUCAAAACAGUGGAGGUAGAUCAACUCAUCGUUUAGCUUCUGUUUUGGCAAGUUUACGUGGAAUCAUGGAAAACGAUAAUUUAAGCGGAUUUCUAUGUGGUUCAGUAAAGAAAUAUCCAGAUUUUAUUGAGAAUGAAUGUAGUGUUAAUGAUAAUGAUCCUCAAUCUAGAAUUAAUACACGUUUAGCUGAUCUAGAAGCUACUUUAUGGACACGAAUGUUUAAACAUGAACUUGUGUUAGGAAAUUAUACCAAAGCAUAUAUGAUACUUCAAAGUAAUCCGGAUAUUGCUAGGCGUCGAGAUUGUUUACGUCAGUUGAUUGUCACUGUUUGUGAUCGUGGUGAAGCAUCCAAGUUGAUUUCUUUUCAAUAUGGACCUAUGGAAAACGAAUUUAUUGCUAUAUUGGAAGCUAGAGCUCGUGCUGCUGAUGUCGUCAUAGUACCUGAUCCGUCUACAAAGAAAUCUGUUUCCUCAUCACCAGCUGGCUCUAAUCCAUACUAUGAUGUGUUAUACGCUUAUCAUAUUCAUCGAGCUGAUUAUCGCGCUGCUGCUUCUGUUAUGUUUGAACACUCUUAUCGAUUAAUUGAAGAUACUAUGUUGGCUGCUUCACGGUUGAGUAACUUUCGUUCUGGUGGCGCACGUAUUCUGAUUGGAUUACAACGUCAAGCUGCUUGUCUUGCAUCAGCUAUUAAUACACUUUAUUUAGUGCCCAAAGAUAAUCAAUGGCUUGUAUGCAUAGGUCCUGUAAAUGAGGAUGUAGUUGUCAGUGUCGACAAUGAGGAUGAUGAAGAUGAUGAUAAUAUGACUGAAACUGAAUCAGACAAUACGUAUCCUAAUGACGACUGGGCGUUUGCCAAUCCUGAUGACCUUGCUUUGGACAAUAUUAUUGAUGAUCAACAUAAUUUCGAGGGUAACUCUCUAGACCAAGAACAACCAAUUUCAAGUGCAAAACGUAAUGCAACAACAAUUGACCCAUCUUUACCACGACUUGGAAAAGAUAAACGAAUACUUACAUUGGAAGAUUUAUUAAAUGCUUACAUACUGACACGUGCACGACUUCGUCUUGCUCAGGCUUGUUGGGAACAGGGAAUGUUGAGGGCGGGUGUAUUUACACCAGAUGAAGUUGUUCGAGGAUUAUUGUCCGUUGCAUUAUAUGAUGAAGCUGUUCGUCUUUGUGAAUCCUACGAUCUUGAUCCUGCACUCAUCAUUAAUAGUAUAAGUUUACGCUGUAGCGAGCUUGCUCAAUGCGCAACUGGUAGUGUCAACUUGGUGAACUUUUCACAGCCUACAGUUAAUUAUGAACUUCGCCGAAAAGAGGUUUACGAUAUUCAUCGUACCACUUCUGUCAUCACAACUGGUUUAAAUCAAUUCCCAGUACUACCAGGAUUGGCGAAUGAUUCAUCUCCUUUAGAGCAUGAGGCCGAUCUAGUUCAACAGUCUUUAUCUAAUUUAUCCACGUUAAAUUUUGAUAAAGUUGGAAAUGACGGUGAUAAUAUCGGCGCUAUUGAAAAAUCCAGUAGCUUAAAAAUAGUACCAUACCAUUCUAAUCAUAAUUAUUCUAGUCGAUGCAACUUACCAGAAAUGUAUUGGCGUCUCCUAGAAACAGUUCUCACACGUCUAGAUCCUCCAAGUACAACUAAUGAAAAACAAUCAACAUUUCAAACAAAAUAUCAUGGUUUUCUACACUUAAUUGCUUGCGAAAAUAUACUCGCCUCAGGUCCUAAUCAAUUAUAUCUACCUGAGUGGUUAACUUCACGCUUAUUGUCUACUUCAUACGCAACAGAACGAGCUGUUAACUUAUUACGUCUGUACAUAAAAUUCAAUCGUUUAGAAACAGCUUAUCGAUUAGCAAUGGAUAUGCUCGAAGCAGCUAUGAAUAAAGGCGCAGAUCCAUCAUCCUUCGGUUUACGAUCCACUUUAUCCAAUUCAAUGGAUCCAACAAAUCCUAUACGAAAAGCCAAUAAAACUAUGACGAUAUCAGGCACAAUGUAUCUUCCACAUACAUUAUUUAUUUAUAUAUUGAAUGCAUUGAAAGUAUUAUCGCCUGAAUCAAAAACCUGUGAAGCUAUGCACGACAAUUUAGAAUCGGCACUAAGAAAUUAUUUUGUUAAACUUCAAUCAGUUUGCCGCGGUUUAAUCACACAUUGAGGUUCGAAUGUGGAUCUCAUAUUAAAAGGACAUUGUUAAUUCAUGAGAAUUACGUCUGAGUGGACUAAUCCUUCCAUGCACACACGCAAACCUUACCAGUGCUUGUUUUGUAACCGAAAUAUUAAUUGUAUUAUAUUUUAUUUGUACAAUAUGCAUAUUUACACAUAUUUUGUGUAAUG